CGAAAUUGCUCCCCACAUCGACAAAGCCGACGACGAUACUCGACGCUUUCACUACACCAGCCCCAGGAUGAGUUACCGCAACGGAGACACCGCCGCUCGGGCCCCGGCCGACGAGUCUGACGUUGAGGAGGAGGCUCUCGUGAAUGACUACCGCGAGCAGGUGCGGUACGACGGCGGCUUGGACGAACUGGACCGCGUCACGUCGCUUUCAGGGAGCGGGCAGGAUAUUCAUGCGCAGCUGGCAGCGGCCGCGACACCUCUGGAGUUCCAGGCGACUUUGGAGACCAAAUUUGCGAGCUACGACAACUACUGCAGUUUGUUCCAUUUCAUCCUGAACUCGGACGGGCCCGUGGACCUGGAGGUUCCUUCGUACUACUGGGCGUGGGACGUUAUCGACGAGUUCAUCUAUCAAUUCAACAGCUUCUGCAGCUACCGCCAGAAAAUCGCACUAAAAGCGGAUAAUUUGGAGGAAAUACAACUACUGAGAGACAACCCGAAUACCUGGGGAUGCUACAGUGUCCUCAACGUCCUAUACUCCUUGAUCCAGAGGUCCCAGAUCAGUGAGCAACUAGCGGCAAUGAAGAGAGGGGAGGAGGGAAGCCUGUAUGCUGGAGAGUACGGUAACAGGCCGCUGUACAAGAUGCUGGGAUACUUCUCUAUCAUCGGUCUUCUACGGGUACACUGUCUUCUCGGAGAUUUCAGCCUCGCCCUUAAGACGCUCGACGACAUCGAGCUGAACAAGAAAGCUAUGUUCGCCCGCGUCAUGGCCGCGCACUUCACGACCUACUACUAUGUCGGAUUCUCCUACAUGAUGAUGCGCCGAUAUGCCGACGCCAUCCGCAUGUUCAGCCACAUCCUCGUCUAUGUUUCGCGGACGAAGAAUUUCCAGAAGAAUGCACAAUACGACUCCAUCACGAAGAAGAACGACCAGAUGUACGCACUGAUUGCAAUCUGUGUGGCGUUCCACCCGACCAGGCUGGACGACACUAUCCACACCGCCCUGCGCGAGAAGUACGGUGAGCAGUUCAACCGUCUCCAGCGUGGAGGACCGGAAGCUCUACCGCUGUACGAGGAGCUCUUCCGCUCCGCAUGCCCGAAGUUCAUCGCGCCCACACCCCCUGAUUUCGACAACCCGGAAAUUAACAUCGAUCCGGUGGAGCACCAUCUCAAAGUUUUCAUGGAUGAAGUCAAGAACAACAUGUGGUCGCCGACUGUCAAGAGCUAUCUCAAGCUCUACACGACGAUGGAUCUAAAGAAGCUGGCCGGAUUCCUUGAGGUGGAGCCGGACAAGCUAAGGUGCUGGUUACUUGUGAACAAGCAGAGGAGUAGGCAGGUGAGAUGGAGUGAGGGAGGUCUGCUCGAGGGCGAGUUGAUCAACAGCAGCGAUCUAGACUACGCUAUGGAGGGAGAUCUUAUCCACGUAUCCGAAGCAAAGGUUGGCAGGAGACUAGUAGACUGGUAUCUCCGGAAUCUGGCAAGAACCUACUAGGAACUACGUGCCUGUCCCAGAUUUUAUUUUUCGUAUUGCAUGGUAAGGGAUACUGCGGUACAGGGCGGGCAGUAUGGCGGGGAUUGGCGUUGGUGCUGGCUAGUAAUGGAGUACAGCAGAAGCAUGGGCGAGGCCUGCUGUCGGCCGAUUGAGCCCUGGCACCAUUUAGCAGGUGGUUACAAGGUCAUGGAGCUACGAGACGUCUUUUAGACUCGGCUCCUUCGACUUAGUAUCACUGGAUGAGAUAUGAGCGCACCUCGAAGUAAAGCGGGAGCCACCUUACGACACGAUCAAAAGCUAAAGUUUCGAAAAUUGAGUGUGGAUAGACUUGUUUCUUUGAAGCAGAUCUGCUAGCAAGCCAGAUAACACCUUUAGUUAGUUAAUUACUGCCCGAUUGCAUUCCAGAAACACGGUCAAUCAUCACAUUAAGCCUUCUCUACGCCCCUU